CUUUUCUUGUCCAAUGUUUGGCUUUUUACCAGACUCUUAGCGUAGCAUUCCAGCGGUGUCGAUCGCCAAAGCUGUAAACACAAUGGGUUAUGCCGCGUUUGCAUUUAGUUUGUACUGCAGUAUAGAUGCUGUGCUAUCUUGUAGGAAAGCAGUACAAGUUAUAAAAUUCUGUGUAGCCUUAUUUGCAAGGCAGCUCUGUAUCUGUCAACUGUCCCCGAAUUUACCAUACAUACACACCCGUACUUAAAUAUGCCAACUCCGAGAUCGCACUACUACUUGGAGGAAGAGAGUAAACUAAAAAAUGAAUAUUCAUGAUGUCACUGGCAAAUCUAUAUGGCAUGCCAAUCAUGCCUCAUUUGCAUUCAACUUCACAGGCAUUAGGCUUGUCAAUCACGUUGGUCACGCCCAUUCGUGUGCGAAACGGCCAGUGGGUUAAGACUUGAAAACAAAGCCGAGUUCUGUGAUGCGGCAAACUGAAAUGUCACAGUGUCAACACUGCAAGGUCACAAUAUGUUUAAAGUACACGAAAUUUCGAACGCUGAAAUAAAUAUGUUUGACCGACUGAACCCAGUUCAAUUUAAUGAAAGUUUUUCAGUGGAUUAAGUUGCUGACUGUGUCACUGGAUCCUGUUAUUUUUUUAACUGGACUGAAUCUAAUUGAGAAAAAUUCCUCUAGAGAUGACAAGCACCGCGAAUUUCACCAACAUCAAUAAAGAUAUAAUUAAAUGUAUUGUUUCAGACAGACAAUGCUUAGAAGGCCUAUAUAGCCCGUUGAAGCAUGGUAUAGACUAUCAUAUGUGGAUCCUUACAGAAGACGGUGUACUACUACCAUCAGCUGCUGAGAUGGAAGUGAGACAUGACAGAAAUCUCCUGGAGCUGAGAGAGACACUAAUUGGUCUGAAAGAGAUUAGGAUCAAGGAUGUUAAGUUAAUAAAUGAUAUUGACAUCAGUAUAAAGCGGUUAGGUCUUCUGGGGAAUAUAGUGGUAAGAAAAGGGUUAACAAGUAAAAAAACCAAUAAGCAUGAUCUAAGCAGUGUGUCUGGGUCAUCACCUACAGGUAAAAACAAUCAUCCACAACUCCGUGCAUUAUAUACUAACACAUCCAAACUCAAACACCAAAACAGUUCAUCUUGGAGUGUAAGCCCAAAAGAUGGCCACUCUAAUUUACAAACACAACAAACAGAAACAAAUGAAAGUGUGAACAGCAUUAAAUAUGCUUUCAAAAUAACUGUGAAAGAAGAAACACAAAAUUCUCUGCAUCCCCCAGAAAUUCACCAAAGAGAAGCAGAAAGCAGAAAAACAACAGAGAAUUGUGGAAUUACAGAAUGUGAGAAGGCAGAAAAAUCAGACCUUUCAGUGGAGUUCAGCAAUUUAAAACAUAUGGAUUUGUCUAACAAAGAAUACAGAGAUAAUGUGGCUGUUCUGGCCAAAAAGGUUGUCUGUUCAGAUGCAUUGUCUGCAGUUCAUGUCUUGCAGGCAUCACCAAUGGCAGCAGAGGACAAAGAGGCAGCAGAAGAGACUACUGCUUGCUUACGUGAUGAUGACGAAGGCUCUAUAGAAAAUGUCUAUCUGAACCAAAUGCAAGAAAUUCAGUAUUUAAGCCCAAUAGCUAGCCAAAUACAGGAAGGGUGUCAGCCUGAGAGAGGACAGAAUUCUAGAAAACUGUCUGUGGUUAAACUUUUAGAUAAAGAUGAUAUACUUGCUGAACAAUUCAAAGACAGCCGAAGAUGUACUGAAAAGAUUACUGAAACAAUACAUUCAGUAAAGCCUAGUAAAGUGUUAACUCCUGCAAACAAGUAUGGGCUCAACAAAGGCAAAGUAUCAAGCUGUGUGUCAAGAAGUAGGUUCCGUUUUUGUAGAAGAAAAGUUGAGGUGCCAGAGUAUUUCCUGCCUCAUUGCAUAAAGAAGUUUGCAACUCCUUCCUCUGUUCAUGAGGCCAUCUUCCUGCUGUCAGUAACUCAGGAACAUGUAAAAAAAAGAUACAUGCGCCUUCAUAAUGACUUCAAGGAACAUGAGUUUGCCAGAGUUAUAGAAGCUGCAGUUUUAGAUUUCAAAAUGUUAAUAAACACUUUAAACUGGUCCAGGCUGUCGAAGACUGAUCACCUACUACAAUAUCUACUGUGCGCCACUGUGGAAACAACGAUGAAUGAAAUAAAAUUAAAUAAGACUGUGAAACACAUUCUUAAGAAGAAAUGUUUAAACAGGAAGUGGCUAUUAUGGCCACUUGUUGAGCAGCAACUCAAUUGCUUGUUUAUAAAACUAAGCAAAAUCAUCAAAUCAUAAGAAAUGGGACAAAUCCAGACAUUUCCAGCCAAGACAACAAAGUAAAUAAAAUAUCUUCUCAAUUGCUAAGUGUAAACUGAAAUAUGUAAGUAAAUAAAACUAAGGACCAGGGCAAGCAGCAAAAAUCAGGUGGAAACAAACUGUCAAACAAUCUACUUUACUACUAGGUGCUUUCAUCCCUAACUUAACUUAGAUAUGAAACUUCAGAGUAAAAUUAAAGAAUGAGUUAGGAUGGCUAUUUAACAUUUAAAAACACCAAUCACAAAGCACAUAUAUUGGAUAUUAACAAGUCACAAUAUAACACUUUUUAAUAAUUAAUGAGAGCCAUUGGCAUAAACACUAUUGCUAAGAUAUAUGAUGUUAAAACACAAAUAAAAAUGAUAAUAAUAAUAAUUUCAAAAAUUGAUCAAAGUGAAAAUUUAAAAUGACUGAAACAUUUGAAAUCUAUGUUUCAAAUAUUAAAAGAUCUCAUUUUUAAAACACUUAGAGAAAAUUUUAAAGGACGGAAUUUGAGAGCAUAUAAAAAACAUAAAAAAUAGGGAAACGACCAACGCUUUACACAGACACACUGUGGUUUGUGAUAACUUUAAUAAAUUUAUUUUUUAUCAUUAGAGACAGAGAAAUCCUAAACCCUAGAGAUAGUGGCACCAAAAAUCUCUCAAAAUACAAGAGUUAUACUGGUAAAUUAGGUUAAAUGCCAGCCAACCAUCAUGGUUGAAUAACAAUCUUUAUUUAAAAAAAGAAGGUCAUUGAUUGGUGUUUUUAAACUUUAAAUAGCCAUUCUACCUCUUUAUUCAAGUUUACUGUGAUGAAGUCCCAUGUCUAAGUUAAGUUAGGGAAGAAAGCAUUUAGUAAUGAAGUGGAUUGUUUGAGAGUUUCUUUCUGCCUGGUUUUUGCUGCCUGCCCUGGUUCGUAGUCUUCUUUGGAGUGAAGAGAAGGAGUUUUUGGUCGUUAAAUAAAUAAAUAUGCCUGAAUGGCUAAACAAAGUA